AGCCACCACAUCCAGACCACUUCAGCAACGAUGAUCGCCAACAACAUCUCUAUUUUCUGCGUGUCUUCACUUCUACUUUUAAACUUGGUCGGUGCCAAACCAGUCACCAGUUUACAGCAGAGUCUUAAGCAGUUGUUAGAUGAAGAAGUGAACACGCCGUUUGUGGAGUCGGAGGAGUCGGUGAUGGAGCAGAAAGAUGCGAGAUCCGAGAAGAGCGCGCUGGAUGAGCAAAUGUGGGAUUCAGAUGCGCGCAACUCAGCGCUGGCUGGAAAAGAUAGCGCCAUCGAGCGUCUUCUAGGCGACUUACUGUCCACUUCCAAGCGCUCCUGGAGUCGAUUCAAGAAAGGCGGGCUGAGGAGCUGCUUUGGGGUCAGACUCGAAAGAAUCGGGUCUUUUAGCGGACUCGGGUGUUAAAGCGGAGGUUUGUUAGGAGAUGUUGGCGAAAUAUAAACAUGGAACGUUGUGCAAACGCGUAUUAGAAAUGAAAUAAGUCAUGUCUUAUUACUUCAUGUCAUGUCACUUCUUGCAGGUUGGGACUUUGAAAUACUUGACACACUUUGGCA